AUGCUGCGGGAGCGCUACGAGAGUCCGACUGCCACGCGGCCACGGUUCAGAGUGCCGGCACCGGCCGGGGGCGGGCCGGACCAAACAGCGGCCACUCAUUGGCCAAUGGGACGCCGGCCAAUCAGAGGCCGACUGCCUCUCCUGGCCUCGCCUGGCCUGGCGCGGCUCGACCAAUCGCCGUCGGACUGGCCGGUCGAACGGGCUGCAGACGUGCUGGAGGCG